AUGUCGCGAAGAAGAUUGUUAAUAGGUUGUACAGCUGGUGUUACCGGCGCUGUGUUCGCGUCGUGGGCUUUCUCCGCAGAUGAUUCACCAGUGAGCUGGUAUACCCCUGCAACAGUUUCCGCAAAAACUGAGCGUAAGAAGCGCCCUCUGCCGUCCCGGCCUGAGCAAAUCAAGACCCUUCAAGCGGGCCACACUUAUGACAUUCUCAUUAUUGGAGGAGGCGCUACAGGUGCUGGUUGUGCAUUGGACGCUACCACACGAGGUCUCCGCACAGCUCUAGUAGAGUCAGACGAUUUCGCCAGUGGUACAUCUAGUAGGAGCACAAAGCUGAUUCACGGUGGAGUAAGAUACCUUCAGAAGGCCAUACUUCAACUCGACUAUGAUCAGUAUAAAAUGGUGAAGGAGGCGUUACACGAACGAGCCAAUAUGCUGGAAGUUGCACCUCAUUUGACCAGACCCUUACCCAUCUUGCUUCCAGUAUAUAAGUGGUGGCAAGUCCCAUAUUACUGGUUUGGUAUAAAGAUGUACGAUGUGGUAGCUGGUGAUAGAAACCUGAAGAGUUCUUAUUAUCUAUCGAAGAAAAACACUUUGGAAUUAUUCCCUAUGCUGAAAUCGGACAACUUAUGUGGUGGCAUUGUGUAUUAUGAUGGUCAACAAGACGACGCACGAAUGAACUUGGCUAUAGCCUUGACAGCUGCUAGACACGGUGCGACUAUAGCUAACCACGUCAGAGUACUUAAGCUGCACAAAACUGCUGGAAAACUUAGUGGCGCCAGAGUCAGGGACGAGCUAACUGGCAAGGAAUGGGAUGUAAAAGCUAAGAGCAUAAUAAAUGCGACAGGUCCCUUCACGGACUCAAUCAGAAAGAUGGAUGAUCAGAACGUCAAGGAAAUCUGUUGUCCUUCUUCGGGAGUACAUAUUGUAUUACCGGGAUAUUACAGUCCCGAGCACAUGGGUCUUCUCGACCCAUCUACUUCCGAUGGCCGUGUCAUCUUCUUCCUGCCAUGGCUGAAAGGCACAAUUGCGGGCACUACAGAUCUGCCCUGCGAUGUCACUCACAACCCCAAACCUACUGAAGAUGAGAUCCAGUUCAUCCUCACUGAAGUUAGGAAUUAUCUCAACCCUGAUGUGGAAGUACGCCGCGGAGACGUAUUAUCAGCUUGGUCAGGGAUCAGACCAUUGGUCUCGGACCCUAACAAACCUGACACGCAGUCUCUAGCCCGCAACCAUAUUGUGCACGUGUCGCCGUCUGGAUUAGUGACCAUCGCUGGUGGCAAGUGGACAACGUACCGCGCUAUGGCCGCCGAGACGAUUGACGCAGCUAUUGAGAGUUCAAACUUGAAACCACUGUAUCGCGAUUGCCAGACAGAUGGAUUCCUAAUUGAAGGCGCCCAUGGCUGGACACCGACUAUGUACAUCCGUUUGGUGCAAGAUUUCGGGCUAGAAAUGGAGGUGGCCCAACACUUAGCGAAAUCUUACGGUGAUAGAGCGUUCGCGGUGGCUAAAAUGGCGGCCAUGACAGGCCAAAGAUGGCCAGUUAUUGGCAAGAAAGUGCACCCGGAGUUUCCUUAUAUCGAUGCUGAAAUUAGAUACGGAGUACGUGAAUAUGCUUGCACAGCUAUCGACAUGAUCGCUAGACGCCUUCGCUUGGCCUUCCUCAACGUGCAAGCAGCUGCUGAAGCGUUGCCUACCAUCAUUGACAUCAUGGCUGAGGAAUUGAAGUGGAAUGAAACUGAGAAGCAGAGACAAAUGAAACUGGCAGCAGAUUUUCUCGCUAACGAGAUGGGUCAAAUGGUGAACCGCGCUAGCCGAGACAAGAUACCGAUAAACCUGAGCAAAGACGAGAUCCAAACGUACAUCAAGCGCUUCCAGAUCAUCGACAAGGACAAGAAGGGUUACGUAUCUAUCAACGAUAUUAGAAGAAGUCUCAAGAGUAUGGGUGUGAAGCCUUCAGACGCUGAAAUAAGUGCAAUUUUGUCAGAAAUCGAUGCUACCUAUCACGGUCAGCUGGAAAUACAAGAUUAUCUUCAGUUGAAAUUUAGCAUUCUAGAAUUCCCAAAUUCAUCAGACAUGUCUGUUGGGUGGUCACGGGGUUGUGUUGUCCAUGCUUUGUAUGAAUGUCGGAGGUCAUUCCAGAACUACGGCGAGGAGGUCACCGGUGAACAAUUGCACGAAAUAUUGCGCGAGAUCGACACUAACAUGAACGGACAAGUCGAACUCGAUGAAUACUUACAGAUGAUGUCUGCUAUCAAAUCUGGCCAUGUGACAUACUCUCGUUUCGCGAGAAUGGCGGAAAUGGAGGAAGAACACCACGAAAAGGAAAUCCUGAAGAAACAAAUCAGCGUAGAGAGAAGUGGUGGUGGUCUGUAA